UGUGGUUCAGCCGCGGCCAGAGCGUCCCGCGAGCCGGCGCGGCCGGUUGGCGCCCCCUUGGGCGAACUGGCUUGACAGAGCAAGACCUCGUUUCCCCAGGGCCGGGCGGCUGAGGAGCCGGUCUGGGUGACUCUGAGGCGGCGCGGGUCAUUAAUGUGUUGGAGAAAUGCCGUCCAGGAGAACACCACCAACACGCGUGGAAGUAAAGGGCCUUAGAUGAGUCAGAAGAUAGACGUUAGGUCAGGAUUCGCUGCUCGCUGCAGAGGCCCCUGGAAACGGCAGGGGCUCUGAAUCAGUGAGCGCUACCGUCCUGUGUGCCUUCGUCCCCGGAGGGUCUGGGCCUCGGUGGGGGCCUUUGGCAUUCAGUCCUCCUCUGGACCCCGAGAUCCGCCUGUGUUAGAAAUCGCUGAACGGCAGGGUGAGGUGGCUCGUGCCUGUAUAAUCCUCGCACUCUGGGAGGAUCGCUUGAGCUCAGGAGUUCGAGACCAGCCUGACCCCAAACAAGUGUGAGCUGAACUGCAUUCCCAAGGGGGAGAACUUCUACUACAAGCACAGGGAGGCUGUGGUCGACGGGACCCCCUGUGAGCCUGGCAGGCGGGACGUCUGCGUGGACGGCAGGUGUCGGGUUGUCGGCUGUGACUACCAGCUAGACUCGUCCAAGCAGGAGGACAAGUGUCUGCAGUGUGGGGGUGACGGCAUGACCUGCUUCCCUGUCACAGGCACCUUUGAUGCCAAUGACCUCAGCAGAGGCUACAACCAGAUCCUCGUUGUCCCCAUGGGGGCCACCAGCAUCCGCAUAGAGGAGGUCGCUGCCAGCAGGAAUUUCCUGGCGGUAAAGAAUGUUCAAGGGGAAUACUACCUCAACGGACACUGGACCAUCGAGGCAGCUGGGGCCCUGCCAGCGGCCAGCACCAUCCUGCAGUACGAGCGGGGCUCUGAGGGGGACCUGGCCCCUGAGCGGCUGCGUGCCCGGGGCCCCACCUCGGAGCCCCUGGUCAUCGAGCUCCUCAGCCAGGAGCUCAACCCCGGCGUGCACUACGAGUACUACCUGCCCCUGCGCACCCCCGGUCCCGGCCCCCGCUGGAGCCAUGGCUCCUGGAGCGACUGCAGCGCCCCGUGUGGCGGAGGUCACCAGUCCCGCCUGGUGUUCUGCGCCGUCGACAACGAGGCCUACCCCGACCACGUGUGCCAGCGCGAGCCCCGGCCGGCUGACCGCCGUUCCUGCAACCUGCACCCGUGCCCGCUGACCAAGCGGACCUCUUACCUGCACCGGCCCGGAGCGUGGCGCCUUGCUGGGGCCCAGCGUGUGUGUGGGACCAGCUGGAGGACAGGGCCGUGGACUCCCUGCUCGGCCUCCUGCGGGGGCGGCUCCCAGUCCCGCUCCGUCUACUGCAUCUCGUCUGACGGGGACAGCAUCCAGGAGGCUGCCGAAGAGGCCGAGUGUGCUGGCCUGCCCGGGAAGCCCCCUGCCACGCGGGCUUGCAACCUGCAGCGCUGCGCGGCCUGGAGCCCAGAGCCCUGGGGAGAGUGUUCUGUCAGCUGCGGUGCUGGGGUCCGAAGGCGGAGUGUCACUUGCCGAGGUGAUGGGGGGUCCCUGCUCCAUGCCACGGCGUGCCCCUUGGAGGAGCAGCCCCCGCUCACUGAGCCCUGCGUGCAUGAGGACUGUCCCCUCCUCGCUGGCCAGGCCUGGCUCGUUGGCGCCUGGGGUCUGUGCUCCAAGAGCUGCAGCUCGGGCACUCGGAGGAGACAGGUCGUCUGUGCCGUCGGGCCGCCCGGCCGCUGUGGGAGCCUGCAGCCCUCGAAGCCCGCAGAGGUGGAGCCCUGCAACACGCAGCCCUGCCACCUGCCCCAGGAGGUCCCCAGUACGCAGGACGUGCACACCCCGCUUGGUGAUCCCUGGACACCUGUGAGCCCUCGGGAGCCCCCUGCCUCAGACUCCAGAGGCCAGUGGUGGGCAGCCCAGGAGCACCCUUCAGCCCGGGGAAACCCCAGGGGAGACCGGGGUUCCCCCCUGUCGGCCCCGGGCCCGGCCCCAGCUCUGCAGCAGUCCCUGCUCCGACAGCGCCCCCAGUCCGGCUCGGGGCCCCAUGACUGCAGACGCAGCCCCCACGGCUGCUGCCCCGACGGCCACACGGCGUCUCUCGGGCCGCAGUGGCAAGGCUGCCCUGCCUCGUGUCAGCAGAGCAGGUACGGGUGCUGCCCGGACGGGGUGUCUGUCGCUGAGGGGCCCCACCAUGCUGGCUGCUCAAGGUCUUACGGUGGAGGCAGUGACAACGCGGGGAGCAGGCCAGGGUCGAGGGCAGUGGCUUCCACAGUCCCCAGCACACACCGGCCCCAGGCCCAGCAGAGCGAGCAGGAGCCCAGUGAGCCCAGUGAGUGCCGGGGCUCCCGGUUCGGCUGUUGCUAUGACCACGGGGCCUCUGCGGCAGGGCCCCUGGGGGAAGGCUGCGUGGGCCUGCCCAGCUCUGCCUACCCUGUGCGCUGCCUGCUGCCCAGCGCCCACGGCCCCUGCGCGGACUGGGCCGCCCGCUGGUACUUCAUUGCCUCCGUGGGCCGGUGUAACCGCUUCUGGUACGGCGGCUGCCACGGCAACGCCAACAACUUCGCCUCGGAGCAGGAGUGCAUGAGCAGCUGCCGUCCCCGGCCUGGGGCCUCUGGCCAGAGCACGGGUGCAGAUGGUGGUGGCAGCAGUCCUGGCGGCCAGCAGGAGCUCAGCCGGCACGGGACGGGGCCCACAGUCCAGAGAAAGCCCGUGCCUUCUGGCAGCCCCUGGUGGCGAGACCAAGAGCCUGGGCCAGGGGCAGCCCCCCGUGCCCCCGCCUUUGGAGAACAGCUGUGGGGCCAGGAGCUUGGGCCCAGGGCCCCGGGACAGGACGGGGAUGCCGGAUGGCCAGCGUCCCCCUCGCACAGCUCCUCCUACAGGGUUAGCUUGGCAAGCUCAGAGCCCACCCUGGUGCAGGCGGCCCCGGGGCAGUUGGUGCGGCUCCUCUGUCCAGAGGACACCUCCCCAGAACCCCAGGCUGGGUGGCAGAAAGAUGGCCAGCCCAUCUCCUCUGACAGGCACAAGCUGCAGUCCGAUGGCUCCCUAGUCAUCCACCCGCUGCGGGCAGAGGAUGCGGGCACCUACAGCUGUGGCAGCACCAGGCCAGGCCGUGACUCCCAGAAGAUCCAGCUUCGAGUCCUAGGGGGUGACAUGGCCGUGCUGUCUGAGGCUGAGCCGAGGCACUUCCCUCACACCCGAGACCCAGCCCAGGGCCACAGUCCUCAGGACUCAGGCGUAGGGAGGGAUGCUGGGCACCUGGGAGCUGUCCCCUCCUCACACCUGCGGCCCACAACCAGGCUGCGUCUGGACCGGAACCAGCCCGGGGUGGUGGACGCCAGUCCAGGCCAGCGGAUCCGGCUGACCUGCCGUGCUGAAGGCUUCCCGCCCCCAGCCAUCGAGUGGCAGAGAGAUGGGCAGCCCGUUUCUUCUCCCAGACACCAGCUGCAGCCUGAUGGCUCUCUGGUCAUCACCCAAGUGGCUGUGGAUGAUGGCGGCUUCUAUACCUGUGUCGCUUUCAACGGGCAGGACCGAGACCAGCUAUGGGUCCAGCUCAGAGUUCUGGGGGAGCUGAUGAUCACAGGGAUGCCCCCUACUAUGACGGUGCCGGAGGGGGACACUGCCAGGCUGCUGUGUGUGGUGCCAGGAGAAAGUGUGAACAUUAGGUGGUCCAGGAACGGGCUGCCUGUGCAGGCCGAUGGCCACCGUGUCCACCAGUCCCCAGACGGUACGCUGCUGAUCCACAACUUGCGGGCCAGGGACGAGGGCUCCUACACAUGCAGCGCCUACCGGGGGAGCCAGGCAGUGAGCCGGAGCACCGAGGUGAAGGUGGUCUUGCCUGCACCUGCCACCCAGCCCAGGGACCCUGGCAGGGAGUGCAUCGACCAGCCGGAGCUGGCCAAUUGUGAUUUGAUCCUGGAGGCUCAGCUCUGUGGCAAUGAGUAUUACUUCAGUUUCUGCUGUGCCAGCUGUUCCCGCUUCCAGCCUCAUGCUCAGCCCAUCUGGCAGCAAGGAUGAAGGCUAGCUCCAACCCCAGUUCCAAGACAGUUUUUUGGGCUGGGGAGAAGGGAAGAAGAUGGACUCUUGGCCUCUCUUUGGCUGGCAAAGGGAGUUAUACUCUGGAGACACUGACCCUUUUGAAAACCCACCCAGUGUCAGCCUCAGCAGUAGCAAGUACUGGCCUUCCUGUGUAGUAGUCAGUGGUAUUUGUAUCUCUGACAUAACCAUAGCCUCUGGAUGAGUUGUCAAAAAAAAGCAAUCUGUUUGGAUAAGAACCUAUACUUUAUAUCUUCCCUUUAUCAUUUGUUACACAGAAUUGGUUCACUACGUUUUAGUUUUUAAAUUAUUUUUUAGAUACUCUUGUUCUGUUACCUUGGCUAGAGUGCAGUGGCAUAAUCAUAGCUC